CUGGGCUGUUGUACACACUGGGACUGUGCGCAGGUAGGCAACAUUGGAGGUUCGGGGAAAGUUGACGGGAGGUACGUGGGGCCCAAGUCCGGCAAGGUCGCGUACGUCGUCGCGAACGAAGUGUCAGUACGAGGCGCACCCAUCAGGCUGCCGAGGAUCCCCAGCGAAGGUCCCGCAACACCCGGGCUGAGGAGGGAUGCUUCGGGCAGAGUGAAAGGUGUCAAAGGUGGAGUGCUGAGCAAGGCAUACUGGGGCAUGGACGAGUACACCAACUGUGUCUGCGUGGUGUUUUCUCUCGGUACCACCAAUGUGCCGCCGGGUACUUGAAACACAUCGUACUUGCUAGUUGGGCUGUACGUCGGCAGAUAUGCAUAGCUGGCGGGACCAAUCGGUGAGAAGGCAGACGCGUGCAACCCGAAGGCUGGUGGCUGACACAAUGGUAGACCCGGAGCCAAACCAGCGUACUCGGGCAGCAACGCUUUCGGACAGGCCAUCAUGAUGGGUAGCGACGUCCAACACGAGGUUGCUGGCUACAAAGCACUCACACUGUUCAAUCGAGGACCUUCUCGCACUAUGCAAGGUGUGCGCCUAACUAAUGAGAUGAGAAACAUCUCCCGUCGCGUCUAGAGAUGUCAAACAGUUUGUCAUUGUAUUGCUUCUGGAACGCCAUCCUCCCAGCCAAAGAAAGAGGGCAACUUGCACAGGAUCUACAUGGCGGAGCUUUCCAUGGCCGAUGCAUUAAAUUGCUUGGACUAGAACAUGCCUGUCGUUGAGCAAACGACUUUAAUAGACUUACUGCUGCAUUGUGCAGGGAUCGAUUUGUAUACAGCUUAGCACGACCACAGAAAGGCCAGAUUUCAGCUCCCCGCGCAGUGGCGCUGGAAUGUCGCACAGAAAAACGCGCGAGAUUACGCGAGAUCCAUUGAACCCUGUUGUUGGGUUGUUGACGAGGUUGAAUGUUGAAUAGUUUCCUCGUUUUAUUUUUUCGUGUUCUUUUUUCCUCUCUCUCGCUGUUUCGCAGUGGGAUUGCGUUUGGCAGUGUGAUAUUUUUUGGGAACUUCAACACCAAGAACUCUACCAAAUUACCAAACCAUUGAAAAUGGAUGCAACACCAGCAACACAGACUGUUUUCGCAGACGACAUUGCGGUCAUAGCGAGGGAAGUUGGAAUAAAAGUUCAAAUUGCCGCUUCAAAAUCGUUAUACUACAUUUCACCUGCGUGAUUUCUAUUCGGGGCUAUGUCUUCUGCGUUUCCUGUUGACGAAAAUGUGGUACGCGUUUCUGAACAGGACCAGACUGUAGCAGACUUUGAAUUUCGGGUGGCGCGGUUGAAAGUUCAGUACGACAGUCUUUCUAAACAGUUCGCGUCACUGUUCAAAAAGAGGAGUCAAGUGAAAAGAGACCUAGAUACAGCAAGGUUUAAGGUUGCCAAAGCACGCGCAGCAUACACCCAAGCAAGAAAAACACUGGUUGAAAAAAUGCUCCCAAAGCAGACUUCAUGGUCAAGCGAAGUGACUUCAGAAACAGCAAUUAAAAUGCUGAAAGGGCAAAAGCAAGCUCUUGCAGAGGAAUUAACGAAGCUUCAGAAGAGUGUAACGGGUUUACAAGAGUCUCUCACCAAAAGUAAGAAUACAGACCGUACAGAGGUACAACCGACAUCUGCAUUGAGUAAGACAGCAGAGGCCAAAUUCCAGCGAACGAACCGGAUCCUUGAGCGCAUGAAGUGCAGCUGGCUUUGCUUGCCCAAGGAACGUCGGUAGUGGAACUUUGCCAAGACCAAAGAGACCUCCGUUCCACAUGCCCAAAUAACGGCGGCACUAUAUUUUGGAAAACAUCUUUUACUUGUUUACACUUUGUACAUGUCCUAGGUCAACAAUA